AUGAGUUUGCAAAAUGUAAAUUUAAGUCCUCCUAGAAAGUUUUUUAAAAUUGAGACUCCCAAAAGAAAUAAUAAAAGUCUUUAGCCAUCAGAGAGGAUUUUAUAUUCAAAUGCCACCAUCUCUCCUGUUGGGAGCGGAAUAUUUGAUAAAACUCAAAUAAGAGAGUCUAAGAGUGUAACUAAACUUGGAAUGACGCAUAGUAAAUUGUUUCUACCCUCUAUAACUCCUAUGAGAACAUCUAUAUCUAUUAGAGAUUUAAGCGAUCGAAAAUCUUUUGAUAUUAAGCCAUCUCUCAAAAAAAUUAAUGAUGAAGAUAGGCAAUUUAUGAGAUACUUUUAACAAAAAUUCUAGAAAUCUAAAAAUGUUAAGGAUGCUCUUGAUUCUUCUCAAGAUUCAGAUUUCUUCUAUUAAAAAAAUAUAAGUCUUCCUGAUGUAGAUUUAGAUAUAUUAGAAAAUAAAAGCACGCCACAAGUAGUAAGAGACAAAAAAAAAAAGAAUACAGUUGGAUAGUUCACUUAAAUACAUUUUUUAGAUCACUAAAAGUAAAUAAAUAAAAUAAUCUAAGAAAAUUAAAUGUUUAAAGUGAAUGAUUCUGUUUAUACUAACUUAAUUAAAUCUCAAGAGAAGGUGAACCUUCUUCCUAGAAAGCUUGGAGUUAUUAAACAAAAAGGUUUGGAAAGUCUUAUCCAAUUAAAUCAUUAUAGUUUAGGAGAUAAAUACGCAUAAGCAUUUUCUCAAAGUAUACAAAGUGAUGAUAUAAAGGAUAAAAUUAAGAAAAUAGAAUUGAUGAAUAAUGGUUUAACAGAUAAAGGUAUCGCCUAAAUACUCAACUCUUUAAGUUAUAGUGUUGAACUUUUAAACUUAUCAUAGAAUACAGUUGGAGUUGAGUCUGCAAAUAAACUAAUUAUGAUUUUAAGAAACUAUUAAAAUUCUUUAUCUAACCUCAACCUUGAUAACACUAAGUUGGGAGAUUAAAAUGCUAUAAAAGUCCUUGAGUCUCUAAAGAAGUUACAUAUUUUAGAUUUAUCUAAUAACAGAUUAACUGACGAAUGUAGUUCAGCGUUAGCCUUUUGUAUUUCUACUAGGUGUCCUUUAAUUGAACUUUAUUUGCAUUGGAAUAGACUAACUGGUGUUUCAGGUGAAAAAAUAGCCAAAGCUUUAUUUGAUAAUUCUAAUUUAAGGGUUUUAGAUUUGAGCAACAACUCUCUUGGAUUAUAGAAUGGAGAAAAUUGUGCUAAAGCAUUUUAGUCGUUAUUUGCAUAAGGUGAGAGUGAUCUUAUUCAUAUUGACUUGAGCAAUAAUAGAUGGAAUAAAAGUCAUAUUCAAAUAAUCUAAGAAGGUAUUAAUCAAAAUAAGACAAUAUACGGAUUUCAUAUUGAUAGUAAAUUCUCUUAUGUUGAUGAGUUUGGUUUCUUAAAUAUUGUUUAAAGUGAUUAAGAUUUGAUCAAUAACUUAGUUAAGCAAGAGAAUUUAAAAUAAAUUUUAGAACAUACAGAGGCCUAACAAAAGCAAAUAAUGUCUUUGAGCACAAUACAAAGUUAUGCAACCAAUCAUCAAAGAAUCAAUGGGUUAAUUCCUCUUUCUUACAAUCAAAACACCUAAUCCGAUUAUAUUAGUGAUUCUGUUAAACAGAAUGUUUGUUGGAUCUGUUAAGGUUGGUCUGAAUAAAAUUUUAUGUGGAGAAGUGGUGAAUCUGGAAUGUCUUAUGAAGGACCAAUAUACAUUCUGUUUAAUUUUAACAACUUUAGACCUAUACCAAUGACUAAGGACGAGAAUGGAAAUUUUGUUGCUAAAAUGAUGUGUCCUCCAACAAAACAACUUUAAUAUUUUUUCUCAACUCCAGAUGGUGACACUCAUGCAAAAGACUAGCCAUGUAUAAAAAAUAAAAAUCCUUUUUUAAAAGAUAUUUCUUUUGGUUCUGAGGUGAAAAGAGAUAUUAUUAUUAAAUUCUUAAAUAUUAAAACUGUAAACAAAUUUGAGUAGUGCCUAUUUUCUAAAUAUGGAGAACCUAUUCAUAUUACUAUCUAACCUAGAGAGGAAAUAGUAUAUCCUUUAGAAAAGCCUAAACCAAAAAAAAAAUGGGCAAAAGAAACAUCUGUGUUUGCUAAGUACUAAGUCGAUAAUUAAAUAAUUCUAGAGAAAGCUAUGGAUGCUGAUUGGAACAACUCAAAAAUACCUAGGUUUGUUAAAGAUCUAAACGAUAGAAAUAAAUUAUUUGAAUUGUUGAAGCCGCACUAUGAAGGAAUAAAAGCACUUUAUAAAUACUAUUCUUCAUUUAGUCCUAUUGGUGAUGUUUGGGCUAUAUCGAAGCUUCUUUUUACAGAAAUAUUUACAAAGUCAGGAUUAGUUGAUAAUAAAACUCUUAAAUUAGCUGAUCUAGAAAUUAAAUUUAUAUCAAGCAAAACUUAGUAGAAGAAGGCUCGUAGCCUUAUACCAGAGAGAGGUAUGGUUCGUCACGAGUUCUUAGAGGGAAUAAUUAGGAUUGCAGAAGAAAAAUACAUGAUAAAUGGUGAUUGCACAACUUAUUCAGAAGCUGUUACUCACUUGCUUAAUGAUGGGUUUUUGAAGGUAAUUGCUGAAGUAGAAAAUCCAAAUCUUUGGAGAGAUGAAAGAUAUUGGAAUUAAGAAUGUGACUUCUGCUAUAAAUAUUAUAUGCAAAUACUAAUGUGCAUUUUUGAAAACUAUGAAAAUACAAUACGUACAGCAUUACCAGCUUCAAAAUAUUUAAAUCUCUUUGAAUUCAAGAAAAUGUUUACAGAUACAAGUAUACUUUCAGAUGAGCAUGCUAAUGAGAGACAUAUUAAUAUUGCUUUUAAUUUUUCAGUACAAACAUAAACUGAUGAAGUGUAUGAUGAGAGAAUAUUGUAACUCCAUUUUAUUGAGUUUUUAGAAGCUAUAGCAAGAGCAGCAGAGAAGUUUUCACUACCUCCAUACAAAAAUAAAAAUAAGAAGGUUUAUAAUGAAGGCUAGAAAGAGUAAGAAAUGAGUUGGGAAGAAAGACUACAAUAACCUCUGCAUAAGAAAAUAGAAAACCUCAUAAGACUUAUAUUUUAUGAAGCUCUGCCACCUGAAAAGAGCGAACAAUUUGAACUGCAUGAGCUAUCAAUAUUUGAUUAAAAAGAAAUAAACGAAACAACAACGGCUCCUUUGAGAGUUAAGAGCAAUUUUGCUGCAAAGAUAAACCAAUAGCAAGCAGAUGGAUAAAAGCCUGCUGGGUUACAAAAAGUGACAGAAUUACUAAAAAAGACUUUAAAGCUUAGUAAAUAGUGA